AUGGAAGCCAGGAGUGAGAUACAGUUUGAAAAGUUAAUUGAUGAAGCUACAAGAAAAAAAGAUUUCCAAUUAUUAGAACAAUUUCUGGCAACAGAAGACUGUGAAAAUGUCUCUCACAAAUGCAGCAAACAGUUUGUCAACAAAUUAGACAAGCUUCUGUGUCGGGAACUUGACAAACAAGAAGUCAAAAGCAUUUCCACUUUACUAAAUUCUAUUCAGAAAUGUGGGGAAAAAAUCAGCAUAGCAGGAGAAGAUGGGCUUCCAGCAAUGAUAAAAUACGGUCUUAUUGGAAGGAUGGUUAAUUGGUUUGAAAAGUUAAAAGGAAUUUUGAUCCUCGGAGGAAAUGAAAAGAGUGAAAUGCUUACAAGUCUGGCUGAAGAUUUCUUCAACGUAUUGCUGGCUAUAUGUGAUAGCAGACCUCAAGGUAAAAUGCAAAUCCUAGAAAACUUUAUUCUGAGAACUUGUACCCUCAUUGCUGAUGUAAGAAUUAGUAUUUAUGUUUUUUUUAAAGUAGUAAGAAAGCUUAACUUAAUGCUUGACAACGUGCCUCGAGAUGCCAGGAAAAAGAUAUUUUCUACAAAGGAAAUGUUUCUUGUCAUGAGUGACAUGGGGAGGAGAAUUUUGGAUGCUGGAGACUACGACCUGCAAGUAGCCAUUACGGAAGCUUUAUGCAGAAUGAUGUCAGAGAAACAAAGAGGAGAACUGGCGUGCCAGUGUUUUUCCAUGGAGUUUGUGUCCAAUGCAUUUAAAGGAAUUAAAGAUUCUGAGUUUGAAACAGAUUGCAGAAAAUUUCUUAACCAAGUGAACGGCAUGCUUGGAGACAAAAGAAGGGUUUUUACAUAUCCGUGUUUAUCAGCAGCUCUUGAUAAAUAUGAGCUACAGAUACCAUUGGAUGAAAAUCUUGAAGAAUUUUGGAUUGAUUUCAAUGUUGGUAGCAGAAGUAUAUCUUUCUAUGUGGCAGCAGAUGAUGCAGAUCAUCAGUGGGAAACAGUCGUUAUACCAGAAGAAGAGGUAGACCUGUACAGCCUUGAAGAAAAAGAUUCAAAGAAAUUAUUAACAAUAGAGCUAAAAAGCCCAAUGAAUGUGGGUAAUCAAGAAGGAGAGAAAUUUUUUUUAUGUUUUGAUUCUAUCUUGGAAAUCAAAGAUGUAACUAGAAAGAUCUAUGGAUUUAGUAAAUGUAAGGUUCUGGUACCAGAAAGUCAGUUGUCACCAUGUUUGGAAGACAAAUAUGAAGAAGAGGAGAGACCCAGUAAGUACAAAACCCAGCAACUUCCUGGAACUUUGAGGACUCUGAAUAAAAAUAACAGUCAAGAAAAAUGCAGAGCUGGUUCCUCCAAGGUAACUACAUCUUGUAAAAGGAAAGUAUCUGAAGCAUCCGUGCUUAUUCCUGGAACUACAAGGUUUUCCACAGGGAGUCCACUGGUAUUUGUUAGCACACCCACUCCUUGUAAAGGACGAUUUAAAUUGCCUUUGGAAAUGAUAAGCUCUGCUGAAAGGUCUAACAAUAAUGCAACAAAUGAGACCAGAACGAAGAAUUUCUAUCAAGAACCUACUGGAAGUGGGCAAAGAUGUACACUAGAGAAUGAAUUUUGUGAAACGGAACAGAAGAUCAGGAAGUCAAAUACCAGAAAUGAGGCAAAGCUACCUGAAAAGCGAGUGUGUGCUGAAGAAGUUUUAGAAAUGAUACAGGAGGCAAAAAUUAAGGCCACACAAAAGCAAACUUUAGAUGAAGCAUUAGAUAUUGUUCCUGAUUCUCAGCCAGUAGGGAGAAGCAGCAAACCUUUGCUGCCUGGUCUUUUGGAGAGUUCUUUUGAUAAAACCAAAACAUUGAAAAAAAGAGCAUGCUCUGUUCCUGAGAAGAAUAUAAUAACUGGUGACAAGCAAAAGCUAAAUCCGUCACUGGCACGUAUGUCCCAUACAGGUGUUAGUGAAAGAAUUGUGAAACAAAAAGCUUUUUAUUCAAUUUUUUGAAGUAUCUGUCCAGAUAAACAAAGAAAUUAAAAAAGAGAAGAAAACCAAGAAAAUUAAAUUGAUACCAUGGGGGAAGAAAACUGCAAAAUCCUUAGUGGACAGUCAGAGUGUAAUCAACUAGAACAGAAACUGUUAAGGAAAAAUAUUUAAACUACUACUGAAACAUCAUUUAAAACAUUUCUUUCAGCUAGAGUGUCCAAAACAUCUUUGCAUUCUGAUUUUAAAAAAGAGGAACCUAAUGUUCUCUUUAGAAAAGAGACUGCAAAUCCAAAGCAAUCAAAGACGAAAACAAAGUCUAAAGAACUGACAGAUGCAGCAAAAUCACUAAUUAGCAAAAUCAGUGACAGAUAUAAAGUGAAGACUGAUGAGAAAUGCAAAGCAAGAGACUCCUUGGGUUUUAACAGGCCACAUUUAAUUAAAUCCUGUGUCUCUAAGGAAGCAGUUCAGGAUAAAAACGUGAAAACCACUACUUUUCUUAAUGUAACUGCUGGUCAUAUUAUGGAUGACGUCUACAACUUUAACAUCAGUGGGUUUGAUGAGCCUACAAUAAAGCUUGGAACUAGAAACAAUCAAAACAAGAAGCAUCUCUUUAGUGACACAGACACAGAAUACAGAGGUGAUGACAGCAAGACAGACAUUAGUUGGCUACAAGAAUCAAAUAGGAAAUCUAAAGCCCAGUUAAUUGAUUACAGUAGAAAUAAAAACCUAGGGAAACCAGUAAGAACAGACAAAAAUAAAUUCUCUGAACCUGCUUGCCGCGUGGAUAAACCUAAAGGCAAAAAUGCAAAUAAGAAAAAGAUAAAUGAAUGUAAAAAACAGAAUUCAAGAAUGGAUGAAACAAUAGAACAAACCACCAGACAAAAACGACCUCGAAGAGCAGCUUUAGCAAAAAAUUACAAAGAGCCUUCCAGUUCAGAGUCAGAGAGCGAAAGGAAAUCUUCAGCGUGCACCUCUAAGGAGGAGAAAUCAAAAAUACAGAAACAUACGAACAGGGAAAACAAGGAUGAUAAUCAGCAAAAGGAACUCCAGGAUAUUGUAUCUAUGGAGCCAAAGAGAGUAGCUAGCUAUGUACAUAAAGCGUUUAAUAAAUCAAAGAAUUCUGCAGAACAAAAGGAAAUUGAAAAGGCUUCAUCUGAGAGUCCUGCAUCUCUUGAGACAAUGAGAUGUGCUGAAAGAGUAUCAGAAGGAGAUGUUACUCAAGAGCACACUUAUAGCGAAAGAUCACCUGGUCUUCAGGAGUCCACACUAGAAAAAAGGGAAAUGUUAAACUUUGAGAAAGGAAUCUCUCCCAAUAACUUCUGUCCACGAAAAAAGAAUAUUCAAAGUAUAUGUCUAAAUCAGUCCCCUGAGACAACUGUUAAAAAGUUAACAUUUGGAAAUAAAAGUUUCUCACCAGUUUUAACUGAAGCAUCUUUGGUAAGAAUAUUAAACUUAACGACAUAUAAAACUGUGAGUGGAAAACGUGCAAAAGGAUCUGUAUCUGAAACACGUGAUAAUAAUGAAGAUUCAAGUUUCAGACAUUGCUUUUCAGACACGCUUUCUACUAAAGGAAAACUACAAGACAUCACUAAACCGAUCACCAAAAGUAAAGAAGAGGAUUGUGUACCACCAUCUCCAUUGUCUGCUUCUAGUGGAAGUAAAGUACACUCUUGGAGUGAAGAACCUUAUGGCCCCAUACAUGAGUCAGGACCGAGUAUACAGACAUUUCUCAAACGAAGGUACCACAGUGAUACAGAAAGCAACUCUGAUGAAGCAGAAACAAGCAAAGAGGAGGAAAAGAAAGGAAACAGAACAACAAAGUUACAGCCUAGAAAAUUAUUUAAAACAGAUGAUGCUGUUACUUACAGAGUGUCUGAAAGCAUAUCUACUGUAUCUGUAAAUGAUCUGUCUGUUUUGGAUGGGGAAAUCUGGGAACCUGGUUGUUCAACUAUCAGUAUAUGUCAGAAGCUCCAACAAGAAUUUACUAAGAAAAUUGAGAGCCGCUCACAGAAAAUGGAUCAUUUUACUAAGCAAUCAUUAAGAGCUGCCCAUGAGCAUUUGACAACAAUGAGUUACCAGCUUCACGAAUGCAGGAUCAGGCAGCUGGACAAAUUUCAUUUUGCUCUCCUUGAGGAACUUGAGAAUUUUGAAAAAGAUUCUCAGUCCCUGAAAAACAUGGAAAAAGAAUUCUUGACCUUUUGGAAAAAACAUACGCAUACUUUUAGUACAUACAUGAAAAAUGAGCAACAGAGAAUUCAAAUUCUUAAAACUUCAUUUGAAAAGAACAUCUACCAUACUGUUGACUAUGAAGAACAUAUUUUUACUUCAGAGAUGCAUCUGAUGAAAGAAGACAUAAAAGGACUCCAAGAGAAACUUCUUAAAGAAAUGCAAGAAGAGGAACUGUGGAAUGUUCGCAGAGGAUUGCAGACAUUGUUUCAGUCAGAAGACAGAAUUCUGAAGUAG